AUGGCACCCUCACAGGUAGUCAUCGACGAAAGAGUCAUCGUCGACAGUUUACAGAAAGACCCCAAGCGAAAAUGGCUCAGUUACAUCUGGGACACAUUCGACAAGUCCCCCGAAGAGCGCAAGCUGCUAUUCAAGCUGGACACAGCGAUAUUGACUUUCGCUUCACUUGGGUAUUUCAUCAAGUAUCUCGAUCAAGUCAACCUCAAUAAUGCGUUUGUCUCUGGGAUGAAAGAAGACCUCAGCCUAUAUGGCAACGAGCUUAAUUACAUGCAGACCUGUUGGACAGUCGGCUACGUGAUUGGCGAGAUACCCAGCAAUUUGCUCCUGACCCGUAUCCGGCCGAGAUAUUGGAUUCCCGCGAUGGAGCUACUAUGGACGGUGCUGACGUUUGCAAUGGCGCGAUGUAACUCCCCGACUCAAUUCUAUGUCUUGCGCUUUUUUGUCGGCCUCGCAGAAAGCACAUUCUACCCGGGCAUGCAGUACAUCAUCGGCUCGUGGUACCGCAAAGACGAGCUCGCGAAGCGGUCAUGUAUUUUCCACACGAGUAGUGGCAUCGCGAGUAUGUUUUCUGGAUACCUGAUGGCGGGCGUAUAUCAUCUUGGUGGCAGGGGCGGGUUCAAGGGCUGGCAGUGGUUGUUUAUAAUCGAUGGAGUCAUUUCGCUUCCGGUGGCGCUGAGUGGGUUCUUCAUUCUGCCUGAUGUGCCGGAGAUUUCGAACCCGUGGUUUUUGUCCAAGGAGGAAGUUUUGCUUUCACAGAAGCGAAUGCAGCUUGAAGGACGCAAGUCUAGAGGGCCUCUGACGAUGAAGAAGUUGAAGAGGAUAUUCUCGUCGUGGCAUAUCUAUCUACUGACAUUGCUGUAUUUGUGCUUCAACAAUGCUUCUGCAGGCUCCCAGCCUAUAUUCCAACAAUACCUCAAACACUCAACCGACCCCAAGUACUCCAUCGGCCAGAUUAACGCCUAUCCAACCACCACCGGCGCGGUUCAGGUCGUGACUACUCUAAUCUACGCUUGGACAUCCGACUCCAUCCUCGGCGGCAAACGCUGGCCACCCGUCAUAUUCGGCGCUAUAAUCAACAUCAUCUCAUACACCUCCCUCGCUAUAUGGAACAUCCCCACCGGGUGGAAAUGGACCUGCUACAUCAUCGCCGGAGCAGGGUACGGCCUAAGCGGUCUUCUAAUGGCAUGGGCCCAUGAAAUCUGUGCCGACGAUAACGAGGAACGCGCGUUGGUGGUAGGCAGCAUGAAUGAGAUGGCGUAUGUGUUUCAGGCGUGGUUGCCGCAGGUUGUUUGGCGGCAGGUUGAGGCGCCGGGGUAUAGGAAGGGUUUCAUCACGGUGACGGUUUUGUCGGGUAUACUUAUUCUAGCGACUUUCGUGACGAUUCGGUUGGAAAGAAGGGAGAGGGCUGGGAAGCUAUCUGGGAUUACGGAGGGGUUGAGUGAGGACAGUUUACCAAGGGUAGAUUCGGAGGACGGAGGUGCGAUUAAGCGCACUGUAGACUUCUCCAACUUGCAGGAGGGUGUCGGUGGAUUCUCUGAUGCGAGUGUAUUCCUCAAACGCCAUAAAGGUGCUCAAUUCGCUUCUAUCGAGGACUGGGGUUGCUCCGGACUCCCCCUCUGGGAAGACCACCUGGUACCGCUGCAAGCGCUCGCGUUCUAUCAGCUCCUCGAACUCCUCCUUAGCGUCGAGAGCGAAGCUCGUCGCGGACUAAGAGCGUUGAGACGAAUGGAUUUCGCAGACCGAGACCGCCCAAUUGCUCCGGAAGAAGAACGCGUCCGGGAUUCCGGAGACGCCGAAACGUUCACCGAUCAUGUGCCGAAGGUGCUCCGUGACUGCCGAGGCGCGACUAUCGGUGUUGAAGAGCGCGUUCUGCACCUUUUCGUAAGUGGCAAGGAUGAGGUCGACAUGGUCACGCCCGAAGCAAAAGGCCGGCUGGCCGAAACUGCUAGUGAAGAAAGCGGCGGAUGCAGCUGUUCCAGGUGCGGAUCCAGGAGAUGGCGCUAUCACAGCAGUCAAGCUGUUGCUUUAAUGCCAGUCCCAGUUCUUCAACUCGGCGUAUCGCAUAUUCAGAACAUCUGCGAUCUCGGUCAUAGCGACCUCGUUGUUCAGGAAGUCUUUGAGCAUGGCUCGCUUCCCGUCACUCAGCAACUCCUGAGUCAGCAAACCUUUAAUGCAAUUGGACAACGAAAUCGGGUUGAAUGGUUCCUCAGUUUUCCAAAUUGUUUCGCAUCUGUCCUUGACAAGGCUCCGUAG